AUGGCCAUCUCUAACAACCAACAUAGCUCUCACCGUAAGCACGUUGGGAGACGCCAUGAAAGAGUGCCAGCCACUUCUCACAGAGAAGCCACACCAAAUUCUUUCCCAAGGUUUUCUGGGAAAGCACUCGAGAGAGCUUCCAAGAGGGAAAGAAGAGGAGUCCAUCAUAGAAGAUAUUGUCGAACCAAGGAUUUGGUAAACAGUUGGGUAAGAAGCCAAGUUGAACAGAACUACGCUUCCGUGCCACUCGGAGAGAAAUUCUUGGAACCAGAACACACAUAUCUUAAUGAAUACAGUCAGAACUCCCCAGAAAAUCAGCCUCGCCAACCACCUCAAUCAAUACUGACGCUUUUCCAACCAAGACCACAGAACAUCCCGCUCAACAGACUCACACAUUUCAAUUUAAGGAUUUUCAGCUUACUGGAAACGGAUCCUCAACCAGGACUGGUAGAGAGUGGUUUUGUCAGCCAACCAGAAGAACCAACGGAAAUUGUACGUCCAAGUACCGAUAUAUGUUUAGAGAGACUAACUAUCUCUGCGCCUACCAGUCCAAAUGCUUCAGAGAUUGUCGGUCACCAUUCAGCAGACGAGGAGAUUAAUGCAAGCUUUAGGUAUGAACCAGUUUUACGCCCCGAGGAUCCUGAGGUUGUUUUGGCAAACCGAAUCAGUUCGUUAAAGCUCUGA